AUGUCUCUUUCGCGUAGCAUUGCUCUCACAAGGAGCCUGGCAGCUUUGCGAGCUGGAACCCCCCUGACACGGCUCUCGUCGAGAACUUUCUCGACGACCGCUCUGCUUUGUGACUCUGGUUCGAAAACUGGAGGGGAUUUUCGCAAACGCUCUCGGUACGGCGAAUUGGCGAAUCAGCAAAAUGGUUUAGGAGCCACUGGAGACUCUGAAGAAGCCGCGAAAGAGCUGCAGCGUGCAGUCCAAAAUGCACAGGAGCUCGCUGCGAAGGAGGAUCUGGACUAUGACAUUCUGGCCGGAAAACUGCAAGAGGCUAUUGAAGAACUACAAAAGGAGCAGAGAGAUCGACAGAGAGACCUGAACGGCGCUCCGACCUCUGCUGUUGCGGAAGAAACGUUGGAUACAAGUUCUGAGGGCACCAGCGACAGUGUAUCAAAUGACGGUCAAACUCUACCGGAUCUAUCUACAUUGGAAGCCUCACACGCAAAGAUGAGACCCGCCGAACGGGUUGUCGACCUUUUGGAUCGACUUUCGAUUGCCAGUCAGCCCCUACUACAACGCAUUAUCCAGUCGACCGAUAAGGACUUUGAUCAGCUUCUCUCCGAGGUAGAGGCACACGAGGCGCUUGCGAAGCGUCAUCAAGAUGGAGAUAAUGUCCCAUCUCUACCGUCGGAUCUCGUCCAGAGUCCCAACUCGCUAUCAUGGGAUCGUACUCUUCGUCGCAGUUCCAUGUCGCCUACGCGGGCCAUGUUACGGGGACGAAAGAUUCCACUAGCUGGUGCCAGCAGCGGGACAACGCCUACGGCCGACGAGUUGAUCGCCAUGCAGGAAGAAGGCGAAUUCGACCUGGACGACGAGCUAGCGGCGCGAGCCGAAUUUACGAAAUGGAUGGAGCAAGGCGCCGAGGUCCGAGCAAAGGGAGGGGUUCAACGUUUGUGGAACGACAAGGAGAGGAAGCAACUCGCACGGCUCUUGGAAACGAUUACUCAGGACGAAGAUGCAACAGAGGCCUCAGGGACAAUUACGGAGAAGCCUGGUUCCUCGUUGGCAGCACUCGAGACCGAAUCGGUCGCGUUCGACAUGGCACGAAUGGAGGAACUAACGAACCCUACCACACGAGAUUCCGUGACGGAGAGAUGGUAUACGACGACGCCCUCAAUUGGAUUGACACAACCAUCUGUCCAUCCACGUACUCAUUCCAUCCCUGUCGCCUCGUUACACUUCCGCUCCCAUUUCCCUCAUCUCCUCGACAUGCAAACACACCUCGCCUUGCACAGUGCCUACGGCCUGGGAAUCCCAGUGUCGAAGCCGGCGCAUCUCCCCACACAACGCACGCUCAUCACGGUGCUAAAGAGCUCGUUCGUCCAUAAAAAGUCGAUGGAAAACUGGGAGAGAAAGGUGCACAAGCGAGCGAUCAAAGUUUGGGAUUGUAACGCGGAUCUCUUGACGGGUUGGUUGGCGUGGUUGGAGAGAAACAGCGUCCAAGGUGUCGGUAUGCGGGUAACACGAUGGGAAUGGGUGGACGUCGGGCAUCUUGAAAGCGCUUCAAAACCUAGCCACAAUAUCCCAUUGCUCAACGACGCUCAGACCGCAGCGCCCAGCGUUUCUCUAUAG